AUUUACGUGACGCGCCUAUAUAAGGUUGUCAUGCUCGACAAGACCAUGUGGAUUAUACCCACCCCCAACCAGGCGACCGACGCGUCCCCACGCAACGCCCCUCGGGACGGGGUGGCUCUUCGAGGCGACAAUGGCCAAGUCAACUUCUAUGAGCCUGCGCCAGAUAAACUGGAGUUGCACUGGAGGAGGAAGUUAGGGAAGAAGCUGUAUGAGGAAAUGAUCAGUAAGGAGCUCGAGAUGCACGGAAUUCCCCACGAGAAACCAGACCAAAUCUCCCUGGUGCCGUUCCCUUCUGGCUACUCAUUGUGGAGACAGAAGAAGGGUGAUCAACAUGUACCCCGUGUUGAUGGAUAUCUUUUCGGUUCGGAUCUAGUGCACCAUUUUAGAUCCCCUGCAGAGUUUUACUACCACCUGAAGUGGCUCAUGCAAGGGCAGCCUCGCAAAGUUAAUGGGCAGCCCAAGUGUCUGUGCAAGUACUGUGAUGGGACCAGAACACAGACUGAAAUCUCCCAAGAACUCGGCAUGUACAAGCCUGGUGAUGAUAAAGACAGAAGUAGGAGGGGACACAGGGGUGGUGGAGGUGAAGGCAGUGGACGAAGGCGAGCUCCUAAAACCUCAACGACCAUGCAGUUCAAAGACUAUCGC